UCUCAUCCCGUAGCAGACCUCCAUCAUCGCUCGACGACCAAAAGAAAUCAAGGGCAGCAGCGUGCCCGCAAGGACAACACCAUGGCUGACCCCUUUGAAGUGCGGAUGCGCUUCACCAACCAGCUCCGCCAGCUCAAUGCAUCAGUCACGUCGGCGCAGAAGGCGGCACAGUAUGCACUGAAGUACCGCGACAUGGCCGAGGAUUUGCACUCGUGCAUCCUCGAGCAGCUGGAAAGGAACAACAUGAACACCCGUGCCAACAUCAUGUACUUCAUCGAGCAUUUCCUCGACAUGGCCAAUAAGGACGGCUACGACGACUACGUGCGCAUGAUGCAGCGCGACAUCAUCCGGGUAGUGGACGCUGUGGCGCCGGACGACGGGUCAGGAGCGGCGAACGUCAAGGUGGUUAGGAAGGUCCUCCACGCCCUCCAGAACAAGUCUUUCCUGGACGCCCAGGCCGUAACCGAGAUUGAAGAGGUUCUCAAGGAGCGAGACGCCUCGGCCCAGGAGCUCGCCAUGUCCCCGCCCCCGCUCAACGGCGACGGCAUGCCCGAUAACCUCGGCGACAUGCCCCCGUCCCGCACGCUGCCACCUUAUGACAAACGGGGCCACGCGCCGCCGAAGCUGGACAAGAAGCAGAUCGAGCAGCGGAUCGAGGAGGACCGCGAGCGGCACAAGCGGCAGCGCGAGAACAUCUGGGCUGUCCCUCCCGGCAAGAAUGCCGAGAUGGAGAAGCUUUGGGAGGAGACCAGUGACCUCGGGGAGGACGACCAUCGGAUGGGGGAGGAGGAGUGGGCCGAAUGGAAGGCCGAGUUUGAGGCUCGCCGGUGUCCGCACCGCAAGGAUGACGCGAAUGGAGCACACUGAAGAAAGAACGAAAGAAAAAAAAUAAUGGCAGACAAAGUGUGUGGAUUGCAUUGCAUGGCGUUUGUCGGUUGGGACGGUAGAGUUGGGGGGUUGGCGUUGGCGUUGCCGGGGACGGGAUCAACGAAAUACCAAUCAAUGGUUUAUAUCGCAUGCUUCUUCGACCGAGUGUAUCAAUGUUUCACACAAGGAUGGGGUUCUGAACCGAGCAAUACAACGCAAUGUCUAGAACCAUCACCCAAACAGUGUAUAUCUCGAGUUAUAAUGUUACAAGCUCUUUUGUACAUGCAAGCGUAAAAGCCGCAGGCUGGUUGUUAUCG